UCCAUGGUGAACUCGUGUGCACUGUUGUCCACCAGCUGUUGUCUGCAAGACGAAGGCGAGAAGUGGACGCGUCCCCGUUACGCACACGCGCCUGCAGAAAAGACGGUACCGGAGGACCGAUGGGAACACCGGCGCGCCUCCAGAGUCCCGGUGCGCGUUCCAGUUACAUAAGAUGAGACCAACACUGUGAUAUCGAACUAGAGCCAAGACAGGUCGGAGUUGAAGCCAUUUUUUUUUUCCCUCUUCUCAGAUAUAUAGUAACACCAGAACUGCGGUUCAAACUCUUUGAUCCCUUGGUGCCGAGGUCAGAGCCGCCGUCAUGAACGUGGGCACGGCGCACAGCGAGGUGAACCCCAACACCCGGGUGAUGAACAGCCGGGGAAUGUGGCUGUCUUACAUCCUGGGUAUCGGCCUCCUGCACGUCAUCCUGCUCAGCAUUCCCAUCGCCAGCGUGCCCGUGGUCUGGACCCUCACCAACCUCAUUCACAAUCUGUGCAUGUACCUCCUCCUCCACACGGUCAAAGGGACGCCCUUUGAGACCCCGGAUCAGGGCAAGGCUCGCCUCAUGACGUACUGGGAGCAGAUGGACUAUGGCGUGCAGUUCACUGCCUCACGCAAGUUCCUCACCAUCACACCGAUUGUCCUGUACAUACUAACCAGCUUCUACACCAAAUACGAUCGGGCCCAUUUCGUGGUCAACACGGUUUCCCUUCUCACCGUACUCAUCCCCAAGCUGCCCCAGCUGCACGGCGUGAGGAUCUUCGGGAUUAACAAGUACUGACAAGGCGGAAGAGGACACCUCCUUCCCCUCGGUCCCCUGUGGCCUCGCUGAGAGCACGCAGAGUAUCAGGCCUCCGAUUUGGCUGCGGAUCCACGAGGAUCUGUGGCUCUCUGGCUCUCGACUCUGCUGAGCGGAGCUUUAAAUGAAGCCCACUGGGGAUACUGCCACGGUACCAAACCCCAGGUAAGGAGACACAAUACAGAGCACACAAAGGGAAGGUGUGCUUGUUCGUGGCUGUUCUCCUUUCUCAGAGACACUUUGUUUAAAAAAAAAAAAAAAAAAA